AUGCAAUCCUCCGACAGCCCCCGGUCACUCGCGCCUCGCACCACCACGGCGUGUCGGGCGUGUCAUCUCCGCAAAAUCAAGUGCGAUGCGCGGUCUCCCAUAUGCAGCCAUUGCCUUCGCCGGGGCACGCAAUGUGAGCCUCACUUUCGAACUCGGCGUGCUGGAUUAUCGAGCGACGAUGAGCGUCAACUGCGCCAACGCGUUGCCUGGCUAGAAUCUGAGCUGGCCCAGGCAUAUGGAUUGCCACCAGAGGAAGUACGAAAGACCAGAACUGGGGAAUCGUUUGCUCCGCAUAUUUCCGAAUCGCCAAUGGAAUGCUUCUCGCUACCUGUUGCCGAGUAUACCCAACCACUUGUUGAUCCGCAAGAGACACCACCAUCGCCUCGUCAGGGCGAUACAGAAAAGGAAGGAAAUGCGCUUCAUGGGCGGCCCGAGUGGCGUGCUGUUCUCUCGAUUGAUCGCAUCUACGUGGGUACAUCUUACAUCCCCAUAUUCCAUCAAAGAACUCUGGAUUCGCUUGUUUCAUCGGUUUACGAAGAUCCAGCCACCCUCUCUCCCGCGCAAUGGACGAUUUUCUAUCUGGUGAUGGCCAUUGGCGAGUGGAACCAACGGCAUCGCAGUGACACACCUGGCCCUCAGGGGACUCCAACCGCGGAAUUGUUCAACUGCGCGAUGAUCUGGUUUGAUCGUGUCCUGCCUCUAGAUGGAAUGGAUGGGCUCCAAAUUGUCCUAUUGCUGGCAAUAAACUCUUCCUAUCGCCCAACAGGAAGUAGCCAGUGGCAUCUAGCUGGGAUUGCCAUAAGACUUUGCAUUGAUAUGGGUCUCCACCGACACAACGCCGACUGGAAAUUCUCCCCAGACGAGUGGGAUAUUCGACAACGCGUGUUCUGGGUGACAUACGCCAUCGACCGGACUGUAUGUUUCAACCUUGGGCGGCCCGUCACCCUCUCUGACGAUCAUAUCGACACCCCAUUCCCCAAUGCCGAGAGCCAGAGCCAGUCACCAGAACCCAGCAUUGCUCUAGCUCUACACCAUAUUCGACUACGAAUUAUUCAAACCCGAAUAAUUAACGAGGUCUAUACACUCGGCAACUCCAAGACACAAGAUACCGCGCACCAGCGGGGACAGAUAUUAGCCAGCAUACAAGAGCAGCUCGACGAAUGGCGAUCUCAACUCCGUCAGAUUUAUUCAUCACAUCAAACGCCACAUUCAUUCAAGUGCGACAUCCUCGCCAAGGGCGUACGCCUGGAAGAAGUUACCGAAACAUGUCGCAUGUGUUCCAAUAUUCUGGCCCUCUUAUCCGCGAAAUGGAAAGUGUCCGCCGAAUUUAGCGAUACAUUCGAUUCCUUGACUAAUAUCACGACCAAGCGACUUGUGGAACAACUGCAACAACGAUAUAGGGGUGAUCCGCUGUAUGAUUCUCCCCCGGGCAUGUUUUCAUUUAAUCAGGGCAUGGGGCUGGAUUCGUUGAGCUGGCCUCAGGAUCUAAACUUUCAUACUGCGUUGACGAAUCCAGACUGUAUUACCGAGGUCUUUGAUGAUUUACUUCGGGCGCAGGAAGGAAUAUGGAAUACCUAG